AUGAAUCAAACGCUUCUAGCAAUCUUAUGCGCGUGGUUCAUGGCUCUAAAUGCCAUGGCAGCUUGCCCAAGUCAGCGGACUGCAUUGCUGACACCCUCGGCGGCAAGCAGCUCGGAUGAGACGCUUGCUCCUCCCUUUACGCCCAAGGUCUUCAUCAUCUCGAUGUUCAAGCCAGAGGCAGACGUCUGGUACAGGAACCUCCCAGACUCCGGCCUGGGCAACCUCACAGCCCGCUCCCUCUUCGUCGCCGGCCUCUCCAUGAAAUACCCCCUCGUCCACUGCACUUCCGCCGGCGAUAUCUGCCAGGCCACCCUCGGCGAGGGCGAGAUCAACGCGGCGGCAUCCAUGUCCGCCCUCCUCCUCUCCCCGCAGUUCGCCCUCUCCCGAACCUACUUCCUCCUCGCGGGAAUCGCGGGCGUCAACCCCAACCACUCCACCCUCGGCGGCGUCGCCCUCGCCCGCUUCGCCGUCCAGGCCGCCCUCCAGUACGAGAUCGACGCCCGCUCCGUUCCCCCCGGCUGGGCGACGGGCUACUUCGCCCUGGGAACCCAGAAGCCCUUCGAAUACCCCGCCAUCGCCUACGGCACCGAGGUCUUCGAGCUCAACGCCGACCUGCGCGACGUCGCCUACGCCCUCGCCAGCGUCGCCAACCUCACCGACGCCAGGGGGCCCCGCGAGUACGGCGGGCGGUACAACGUGACGAGCGACGGUAAAGUAGGCGCCACGGCCGCCAUGGGCACGCCGACCGUCGUGCGCUGCGACUCCACCACCAGCGACGUGUACUUCUCCGGCAAAGUGCUGGCGGAGGCGUUCGAGAGGACCACGUCGGUGUGGACCAACGGGACGGGCGUGUACUGCAUGACGGCGCAGGAGGACAAUGCGUGCCUGGAGGUCAUGGUGCGCGCGGCGAUUGAGAAGCGGGUGGACUUUUCGCGCAUCAUACUCAUGCGCACUGGCUCGAACUUUGACCGUCCGCCUCCUGGAGUGACCGACUGGGAGCAUCUGGCCGUCUUAGAUCAAAACGGGUUCGAGAUCGCCAUUGAGAACAUAUACAGGGCGGGGAUGCUAAUCGUCCAUGGAAUUAUCGUUGGCUGGGAUGAAACAUUCGACAAGGGGAUACCGGCCAAGAACUACAUCGGCGACAUCCUGGGCAGUCUAGGGGGCCAACCGGACUUUGGGCUGGGCAGCAUCACGGAAGGACGGGGCGUCUCUCUCGGCGGCGUGGAUGGGAACACUGGGCAAGGAAGCUAUGAGAGCCAUCUCGGUCAAGGACUGCUAGAUUAUAAAUAUGCCUGA